UACUCGUCUUUGCGUACGAAACAAACACUAGCUAGCUUCUGUAUGUUACUGCUUCCUUCUUUUCUUUCUCUUUUGAUAUAAUCAAGCAAGUUCAUGAGUGUUAAUAUGGAAGAGGGUAGAGUAGUGAUGAGUAGUAGUAGUGAGUAUACACAAGAUGGUAGUGUAGAUCUUAAAGGAAACCCUGUUCUCAAAUCCAAAAGGGGUCGCUGGAAAGCUUGCUCUUUUGUUGUCGUAUACGAGAUAUUCGAAAGGAUGGCAUAUUAUGGAAUAUCAUCAAAUCUGAUAUUGUAUCUGACAAAGAAGCUUCAUCAAGGAACUGUUACAGCUUCGAAUAAUGUAACAAACUGGGUUGGCACCAUUUGGAUUACUCCCAUAUUUGGUGCCUACAUUGCCGAUGCUCAUCUUGGUCGCUAUUGGACCUUUCUCGUUGCCUCUAUCAUCUAUCUCUUGCAGGGUAUGUCUGUACUGACAUUGUCAGUUUCCCUUCCGAGCCUAAAACCACCUCAAUGCCAUGAAGCUGAUGUAACAAAGUGCCAAAAGGCCUCAACACUUCACCUAGCUGUAUUCUAUGGUGCACUUUACACUCUAGCAUUGGGAACAGGUGGGACCAAACCCAACAUUUCCACCAUAGGUGCUGACCAAUUUGAUGACUUUGAUCCAAAAGAAAAGAGCCACAAACUCUCCUUCUUCAAUUGGUGGAUGUUCAGCAUCUUCAUUGGGACCCUCUUUGCAAACACUGUCCUUGUGUAUAUACAAGAUAAUGUAGGGUGGACUUUAGGGUAUGGUCUUCCAACUCUUGGCCUUGCAUUAUCAAUUAUGAUAUUUUUUGCAGGGACACCCUUCUAUAGACACAAAUUGCCUUCAGGGAGUCCCUUCACUAGAAUGGCCAAGGUCAUUGUGGCUUCUAUAAGGAAAUGGAAUGUCAUUGUUCCUAGUGACCCUAAAGACCUAUAUGAGCUUGAUUUAGAAGAGUAUGCAAAGAAUGCGAAAGUCAGAAUUGACUCAACUCCAACAUUGAGGUUCCUGAACAAAGCAUGUGUGAAUACUGGUUCAAGUCAUAAUGCAUGGAUGCUAUGCCCUGUUACACAAGUGGAGGAGACAAAACAAAUGCUUAGAAUGAUCCCAAUCUUAGUAUCCACAUUUGUCCCUAGCACAAUGGUUGCUCAAAUCAACACCCUUUUUGUGAAACAAGGAACAACACUUGAUAGAGCCAUUGGAAGAAGCUUCAGUAUCCCCCCAGCAAGUUUAGGUGCAUUUGUGACACUCUCAAUGCUCAUAUGUGUUGUGAUCUAUGACCGUUUCUUUGUGAAGAUUAUGCAAAAGUUAACCCACAAUCCAAGAGGAAUUACCCUUCUUCAAAGAAUGGGAAUUGGACUGGUAAUUCACAUUGUGAUUAUGGUAAUUGCAUUUUUAACUGAAAGGUAUAGGCUUAGUGUUGCAAAAGAACAUGGGUUGGUCCAAAAUGGAGGACAAGUUCCACUAAGCAUAUUCAUAUUGCUACCUCAAUUUGUGCUUAUGGGAACUGCUGAUGCAUUUUUAGAGGUUGCAAAGAUUGAGUUUUUUUAUGAUCAAGCACCAGAGAGCAUGAAGAGUUUAGGCACUUCUUAUUCCAUGACAUCCUUAGGAAUUGGGAAUUUCCUUAGCACUUUUGUUCUCUCAACAGUUUCACACAUCACCAAGGAACAUAGCAGUGAACACAAAGGCUGGAUUUUGAACAACUUGAAUGCUUCCCAUCUUGAUUAUUAUUAUGCACUUCUUGCAGUGCUCAACUUCUUGAACUUGAUCUUUUUCUUGGUUGUUGUGAAGUUCUAUGUCUACAGAGCUGAAGUUUCUGAUUCCAUAAAACAUCUUACCGAAGAAUUGAAGGAAAAGAAAGCUGUUGUGUCAAACCAAGUCAUACCAAGAGAUUAAUUUCGUGAUAUGGAUGUUUGAAAUGUGGAAGAGAAAACAACUAGCUAAAAUGGAUUAGUUCAGAAUAUACAUAAUGUACUUGAGUUUGAUACAUUCAGUCUAAUUUAUACCAUAAUAAACUUG